AUGUUGAGUGGUGUUUAUUUACUCUGUGCUGAACGUUCACAUCUGGUGCCACCAUGUGUGUCCUGGAGGGACCAGUGUGAGGAGAGAGACCUCUGCAGCAGGAGAGAGACCAGAGGUGUGGUGAAGUGUAAGAGAGACCGUGACUCCGGUGGGACGGAGGUGUGUCCUCGCUGUGUGUCUCCUCCUCCUCUAAACGGCUCUAACCUGUUGGACGUCACCGUGGACCAUGUGAGCUGCUCCCGCCCCUCUCUCUCCUCCCCCCUCAGGCUGAGGGAGAACCCCCUGUGGCCCGAGCCUGACCCGGACCCAGACGCCCCCUACACCCGCGACCUAGAGCCUGCUCUGGGGCAGCUCACUCUGGUGCUGUCCGACAGCCACGCCCACCACGCUCACGUGUCCUGCUCUGUGCGGCGGCCUGUGGAACCGGCGCCGCUGUCCUGGAGCACGGAGUCACAGACGGCGGGCGCUGUGACGGUCGGCGUGACGGUCGGCGUGACGGUUGCCGCGGCGCUGGAGUGUGAGAUUGACCGUGAGACGCUGCAGACGCUGUGGCAGCUCGUGGCGUAUUACUACGAGAGCGCUGCGGUUUUGGAACGCGGAGAGCAGCGCGGGAACGGCAGCGCUGCCACGUUCCGCUACUCGCAGGUCGUUAACCACGACUCGCCGUAUUUCACUGAACUCAAAGGUCACAUGACUGCGAGCCCGCCAUGGCUCCUGCAGCCGCGGGUCGCUCUGAAACUCAACCGACCACAGACCACGACCAAGAGGCUGGUCCUGGACUUCACCACGAACAUCACCAAAACUAUCAACACAGGAAGUGACCACACUGACAUCCCCUCAUCCUGGGCUCUGAUUCGUCAAGGGGAAAAGGGGCGUGUCCAAACCGCGCUCGAGGGAACAAAGGUGGAGCUAAGGUGCGAGGUGGUGACCUCUGACCCCUCGGUUCAAGUGGAGUGGAUGCUGCCUGACGGCUCGCUUCUGGAGAGUUCUAACCAGAACUAUGAGGCCUCGGCGAGCGGUGAGCUGGUGGUUCUGAACGCCACCAUCGCAGACUCAGGCCUGUAUCAGUGUUUGGUCCGGUCCAGCGCAGGCGUCGACCUGAUGCCCUUCCGCCUCACGGUGAAGCCAAAGUCCCUGAGUCCAAAAGCAAUAAACGGAGAGACGCUGGAACUGAGGAGAGGCGGGUCUUUCACGCUGCCCUGUGAUGUCACAUCUGCUCAGCCCAGUCAGACUGUAUGGUUCCUCCCAAACGGCCACACGCUGCUCCCCGCGCAGCAGAACCAACACACUCAGGUCUUACACAACGGGACUCUGGUCGUGAAGAGGGUCUCUGCCCAGAACUCGGGAGACUACAGCUGUGUGGCCUCCAACUUACACGGAGUGGACAUGAUCGCACACACCGUCCACGUCAGGACAGACAAACACAAGGCUAAAGCCCAAGCUAACACUGCGCUAACUCUGCUGGCAGCGGAGGAGGGCUCAGGGGCAGACUUUCAGGAAAUCGUCCGACCAAUUGUCAAUAUCAACCAUGAGUUCAGAGAUGCUAACGACCACAGUCUCUCCACGAACAAGAGUCGCCAUCGACGGCCGACAGCGCUCAGUCCCCUUUCCAAACCGGAGACGACCGCCGUACGGACGCAGGAGAAACUGGAGACCAAGACUACGCCCAAAUCAUUAUAA